AUUACUCAGCUGCUGGCCAGGCUUCUGAGAGACUGCCCAAUUCUGCAGUCCAAGGUAGGACUUUUCCUCUCACUGCUCUUCACCUGCCGGUUUUUGCUGCUGUUUCUGCGGGUGCGUGAGCAGGAAGAGCUGCAGUGUGUCAGUGAUGAGCUGAAACCCGUAAAGGAGGCUGUCAGAGGGGAGGAGAGGCAGAUGGAGACGGAGAGACAGACGGAGAUGAAGAUGCAGGGUGUCCGAGUCAGCGGUAACAGCAGGAGGAGGAGGAAGAGGAGGAGGGGGAGGAGGAGGAGGAGGAGGAAGAGGAGGAGGAAGAGGAGGAGCCCGAUGGGCUGCACAGGUGGUGUCCAUUUACCUGGCCAGCAGCUGAGUAAUCUUGGAGGAAAAAAAAGUCUGGCGGCGAGUCAUGCCCACGAUCCAGCCCCGAGCAUCUCACCAGCCUUAGACCAGGACCCCGCACCCUGCGGAACCGGUUUAUCCCCACCCCCCACCCCCCCACAGAGGGAUGGAGCGCUCCUGAUCCCGGCCCGACGUCAGGGAGAACUGGGCUUUUCCUCGCAUCUGGGAUCCGUGCGGACGCGUGCAGGCCUGAGCAUGUCUACGCGGGAGAAGGGGGUUCUCACCAAAGACAGCGUCAGCCUGCUGCCCUGUUUCUAUUUCGUGGAGCUCCCCAUCCUCAUUUCGUCCGCGGUCAGUCUCUACUUCCUGGAAUGGACGGAUGUGUUUAAGCCAGUGAAGUCUGGCUACAACUGCCAUGACCGCAGCCUGAGCCUGCCCUACAUCGACCCCAACCAUGAAGUCAUCCCCUUCCUGAUGCUGCUCAGCCUGGCCUUUGCUGGACCAGCCAUCACGAUAAUGGUUGGAGAAGCCAUCCUGUUCUGCUGCCUCUCUCGGAAGAAGAGUGGAGCCGGGGCUGAGGCCAACAUCAACGCUGCAGGCUGCAACUUCAACUCCUUCAUACGCAGAGCCAUCCGCUUUGUUGGUGUUCAUGCAUUUGGCCUUUGUGCCACCGCCCUAAUUACUGACAUCCUCCAGCUAAUGACUGGCUAUCCAGCUCCCUACUUCCUUACUGUGUGCAAGCCCAACUACACCACACUUAAUGUCAGCUGUGAGCAGAACCCCUAUGUCAUGGAGGAUAUCUGUUCUGGGGCAGACCCGAGAGCCAUCAAUCAGGGCAGAAAAUCCUUCCCUUCGCAGCACGCUACUCUCGCAUCCUUUGCUGCCGUCUAUGUUUCGAUGUAUUUCAACAGCACACUGACAGACUCAUCCAAGCUACUUAAGCCCCUGCUGGUCUUCUCCUUUGUUAUGAGUGCCAUCAUUUGUGGUUUGACCAGGAUUAUUCAGUACAAGAACCAUGCGAUUGAUGUUUACGUCGGAUUCCUGCUUGGAGGUGCUAUUGCUGUGUACCUGGGAUUGUAUGCAGUUGGAAACUUUCAGUCUAGUGAAGAGGUCACCACCAGUCCUCCACCGCUGAUACAUCACCCCACUUGCUCUUUGCCUCAUGUAAGUCAAGAGGCCAUUAUUCACCACCUACAGAUGAAAGCGGGUAUGGCCGGUGAACCUGGCAUACCGACCUCCCAUUCUGAAGGCUUGCUUCACAGAGCACUGCAACAACAGAGGCCUGACGACAGCCUAAAGUCCUCUGGUGCAGACGUGGAAGUGAUCUCCCAAUGCAACCCCCAUAGCAAAGAUGCUAUGAUGACUUUCAGCCACACACUCCCUCGGGUUCACACUCCUCAGGCCAUAGCGGCAUAUGAGGAAGCCGCCAGACGCCACGCUGCCACUCUCCACCAUGCCUCCAUGGACUCCAGCCGCUCAAAGCAGCUUCUGUCCCAAUGGAAAAGUAAGAACAACAACCAUAAGUGCUCCAUGCUGGUCACAGAGUCCUUCUCCUCCUCCGUAGACUCAUCAUCAGGUCAAUCCUCCCAGCAUCCCCACCACCAUAGCAGCAUGGAGCUUCGGUCUAGCUCUGAACCAUCAGCCAUGGGCCUGAAUGGUUGCCUUGAUGGCCAUGCGUACAUGUCUAAGCUGCCUACUGGUGUAAGUACCACCCUGCCCAGUAACUGCAGCGGCAUUGCCGGAGGAACCCGGGUAUCGAUGCAGUCUAGGCCUGGUUCUUCGCAGCUAGUCCACAUACCAGAGGAAGCCCAUGAGAAUUACAACAGGACAAUUGAAGGAGAAGGAAGUGAGGUCAUGCCACCAGAGCAUAGUUCUGUUCAGGCUAACUGGCAAAGGGCAGCUGAGAAGACUACAGCGUGCAGGACUAAAGAAAAUAUGCAGAACAUCCAGCCUCGAAUCAUGCAAGUUAUUGCUAUGUCUAAGCAGCAGGGGCUACUACAAACUCAUUCCAAGAGCUUAGAUGAGAGCAGCAUAGGCUGCAACAGUAAUGGUAGUUGCCAGGGUUCUAUUCGUUAUAAGGGCCUCACCGAUCAAGAGCCAACCUGCACUACAGGGCCAAGUUCACUGGCUAGCACUACAGGCAGUAUUUCAGGAAGCACUGGAGCAAUUGUGAGAGUAGAAGCCCACCCUGAAAAUAACAGACCAAUGAUCCAAGCCCCGUCCACAGAUGGAAGUGGGUCAUGGCGAUGGCGGUCCCUGGAUCAUGGCACAGGGACUGGGGGUAGUACAGGAUCGAGCGGAGCUGGUAUUGUAGCUCAAGGACAGGGAAGUUUGAGGCCGUCUUUUGAGCAUAAUGAUCUAAAUGUAGACUCUGAGAGCUCAGACUCAGUCCGUGAUGGGUCAAUUGACAGGAAGCGUAGCAAUCACAUUGUUACCACCACUUCUACUGUUGGCACGCCACCCAUUGUAACUGUUCACACCCAGAGCGCCGGUCAGUCAGAACAGAGGGCCCACCCUCAGGGCCUCUCGACCAUAAGAGUCACUCCUGGGGAUGGCAGUGGCUCGGGAUCUGGAGGAGGUAGUGGAGGAGCCGCAGAGACCACAUCAGAAAUUCCCUCAGUGGCUUCGAGUCGUGAGUCCACACUGCGGAGGAAAGGCAAAAGUAUCAUCAUGAUCCCAGAGAGAGCCAAUAGCCCCGAUAAUGCCCUGAACAUUUUCUACAAGGGCACAUCAAUUACUCCAGUUUUUAAAGAUUAAAAUACAAAAUAGCUGAAAUAUCCCAAUGCAGCAGUGGAUGAUGGGUAGCUGAAGAGACAGAAGUCAGUAUUAAUUAUCAAAGUAUAUACCUUAAAAAGAAGAGAUUUUAUGUAGCAUGAUUUUUGUACAUGUUUACACGAAAGCACAACCGUUUAAGUGUUGUAGAAAUAAUCACUGUGUUCUUUUGUGGUCAAUCUAGACGAAACCUAUUGUAAUGUUAAUGCUGUAACAGUAGCUAUUGGGGAGGGGAGAACCUUUUUUAAAUGAGCUGUAUGUUUUGGAUUACAGAGAAAACACAAAAAAAAAUGUUAAACUGAGUCAGGCAGUUACAUUUAAAAUGUAAUUCACCUCUGCAAAAUGAUUUAAUCAUAGCUGUAAAACCAAUGUUUACUUCCCUGCAUUGUAAAUACGGUCCAUGCCUGAAAGUGGUGCUACACCAGCAAUUGCUAUUUACAUAUAAUAUAACAUAAUCCGAAUAGAAAAAUAAUUAUUUUACAUAUAUUUACAAAUAAGAAAAAUAAUAUUUAACAUGUUUUCUAUUGUGCAUCUGUACAAACGCCACACAUUCAACAGAAUACUGUUUGAACCAUAAGUGUGCUUAGAGGUCCUCCUGUAGCUAUGAAAUCAAAUAUGAAGUGACUUGCACUGAAAUAAGCGUUUACUUUGCCCUCUAAAUUGUAUAUCCCAAUCUUCAUUCAUAUUAAACUGUACAUACUUUUUUCAAAAAUCUAUGUAACACAUAAACAACACGAAGUAGAAAAAAAUUAAUUCUCAUCAUGUGAUAGAAAUCAUAUCUUUCAAAAAGUUAGAGAAAAUCUUGAUCUCAAGUAUCUUAACAAUGUUUUUGCCAUUUUGUGAACCAUCUGAAAAUUAAACCAUAAGUAAUUUCAUAUUAAGCCAAAACAAAGACGGACAAAUACAUUUUAUCAAAAUUGUUAAACCGCUGUGAACUAUUUACAUGCAUUGCACUAGCAUACUACCCAAUUUUUUCUUUUUAAAAAUGGAAUUUUAUCCCUAAUUCAUUUAUCCCUAAGCCAGUUUUCUACUUCUGCUUGAGCUAUUGUUUACGGUUGCUAGGUUACACGUUUUCCUGUUGAUUUAAAUGUUUGUUUUUUUGUCACUGCAGAUUUCUUUACCUUUGAUAAAAGGAAAUGGCUGAGGUGGAUCAUUGGUUAGAUAACAUGAAUUAUGAAUUAUUAGAGAAUCAAGGCGUAUAAGUACCUGCACAGCAACAAUUUCAAAACAGUGAAACAAGGCAAUUGUCUUUUUCUUAAAGCGGCCACAGAGCGGAGCCAGAGUAUUUGACAAGCUAAACACUGAACGUGGGUCAAGCAAAGGGAAGAGACAAUCCCUGUCACUGAUCUGGAUAUCAGAAUGUUUAGAUCCCUGAAACAGAAACACUGGGCUGAAGGGAGGCUGUGACCAUGGCAUCAUGCUGCCCGCUAAGUGUUAAAGCUUUGUGUGGCCUUUAUGGCCCAGUAUCACACACAAUAUUAACAAAAAAACAUUAGAAAAAUAAGAAGCUGUAUAUGACAACAAAUUUAAAAAACAACUAAUUAAUAUGAUGCGGGAAAAAGAACAAAUGUGCAGAACAUAUUCAUUUGAAAAAAUGUACUGAAUGCAAAGCAACUGACCUUAAAGGAAAAAUAAUGGAUAAUUUUGAAGAAUAUUUAUCUCACUUUAUUAUUAAUUAAGUAACCAAGUCAACUUCUAGUUUAUAUUUUCAGAAAUGUUGGACCAAUAAAAUAGAGCAUGGUGAAGAAAUGGUGUCUCUUAAGACAAUAUUUCUUAACAUCUUGUUCGUUGUCUUAAUUUUUAAAGGACAAUCAUAGCGUUAUAAAUUGAACUUGGAUCAAAACAUAUGAAAAUCAAAACAGAUGAAAAGAUCUUGAUGUGGAGGUACAGAUGACUAAAGUGUUAAUUCCCCACUGGUGAUUGUGUCAAACACCAAAGGCAUAUUCUUUAAUAAUAACAGGAAAUAGACAAUGUGACAUAAAUUCUGAAUAAGUGGCAAUUUGAGUUCAAUAAUUGGCUCAUGGAAGUAGCAAUCUCUAAUGGCAGCCUACGUAUGCUCUUACAGAGACCUGUGGAUGGUAACAAUUAGAAAAAGUAUUAACCUUAUUCCUGUGUACAAUUAAAUCGUGCCAUAAUCAACUGUAUUCAUCGUAGCAAAACAUUUGUAAUGGAGUUGGAUUGACAGUAAAGCUAGUUAUGUAGCAGUUUUCUACAGGACAGCAAUUAUCAGUUUAUUUCAAUAUGUGCUUUUGCUAACAGGAAUAACAAAGUGAAAUGCGAUUUUUGUUUUUAUUCCCUCUUCACCUUCACGUGCUUGAAAAAAAGCACAGCACAUUCUUCCAAAUAUUGUAUGUGCUGUCAUUUCUUAUCGUGUAACCAGCAGUUUAACUGUUUGUGUGCCAUAAAGUAGCUUACAUUGCGGCACAUAUCAGUUAUUUCUGUCUUAGACUGUCUACGUUUUUCGAUAUUUGGCAUAAAAACUUCAAUGUUGGCACCAAAAGUACCAUUAAAACGGUGCAAUAGUAGAGAGAUUAUGUGAAAUUUGCCAAAGCAAAGUUUUUCAUAGUUUAUCUAAAUGAGUCAUAAAAUGUUAUUUGUAUACACUAUUAGUAUCGCAGCCUGCAUUAUAUUACACACGAUCAUUUUGUAUUUCAGAAACUCCAGAGAUUUGCAUGUUUUUUUGCAUAUUGUAUAGCGCAAGAUUUGUAUCAUAAAUGUGCUUCUUUUUAUUUAAGAAAAAAAUAUGUUGUGUUUUAGGUGUUUCACGUCGAGGUUCAUAUAAUAACCUUUUAAUCUCAGUACCAUUAAUUACCCCUUUGGGUAAUUACAAACGGCUGAAAACGGCCAUAAGGUCGAGCAAAGUUUUUUGUGUUCCAAAAAUGAAGCCAACAGAAAAAAAAACGUUGCCAUCUCACACUUUGGAAUCUUGUGGCACUGGUCAUGGAAUUGUGGCACUGCUGUAUUUUUUGUGCUGUAAGAAAAUGUUACUAUUACACGUUGUGUGGUAAAACUGGAUGGAGGAAUAAAAUAAAAUGCAGUUUUCAUACAAGAAAAAUUUAUAUGAUCUUAGAUAACUACAAUAUAUUUUCUUAAACUAUAUUUCUUUUAUCAACAAAUCCUGCAAGCUCAUCAAAACGUACCAUUUUAUGACUGCUGCUCCCAAACUAACCUCUUGGGUUUUUACUAAAGGCGUGGCUCAUUAAUGUUUUCUGAAGGAGAUUUCAUGAAAUAAAAAUAAAAAAUACAAACAGUUUUCAAGGAUUACAUGUCAUGAGUAUAACUUUGCAGCAGAUGUUUAUUCUUUUUUUCUCUUUUCUGUGAAACCAGCCUGUGUGAUGUCACUUGAUCAUAGUCGUCUUGCUAAAUUUGAAAGGGAAAGGUUGUGAGGUGCAAAAGUUAGAAGAUGUAUUAUAAAGAUCAAAGCCUUAAAAGUGUUCAUACUCCCUUUAGGGUGACACAAAAAAACUAAACGUCACUACAAGAAAACAUAUCUUACGAAUAUGCAGAUUUGGCAAAAGAAAUGUCAUUUUUGUGUCUGAUUUUUAUUUGUUCCAAAAUUUUGUGAAAACCAAGAGUGUAAAAUGGCACUGAUCCAGCGGUAAGAACUGUGAAUGGAUGAUCUUUGCAUGUGUAGACUGUUGUGUUGUCCCUGAAUGAAAAAUAAAAGUUUUCUGAAACUGUGAUGAGCUGUAUCGGUUGUAUGCAUAAAAAAUACAAAAUAAUGUAUGUGCACAUCAUUUCAGUUUAAAAAAGAAAA